AUGGCUAUUGAAGUACAGAAUAUCCCAUCGUCGAACCGCAGCAAAUUCAACUCCAAGCUUAGAGAAUACAGAACCAACGUAGAAAAUGCUAGAAAGGAGCUACGGAAACUGUCCGAGACUUCAGAUCGUAGAGCGUUAUUUGGCGACCGACUGGCCAGUGGUUCACCAGACAACAUCCCCUUGGACCAGCGUCAACAGCUAUUAUCCGGACAAGCCAGUUUAGAGAGAUCUUCACAAAGACUGCGAGACUCUCAGAGAGUUGCCAACGAAACAGAGUCUAUUGGCGCCAACAUUCUAAGCGACCUACGGGGUCAGCGAGAACAGCUGACCAACUCGCGAAACGUGCUCCUCGAAGCCGACGGAUACGUCGACAAGAGCAUUCGCACGCUCCGUGGCAUGGCCAGACGGUAA